ACGGUGAUGCGGGGGAACUAAUGGUUGCUGCAUUGAGUAUCGGCGCGCAUGAAUGACUGUGACUUCCAUAGCUGGAAGUGAACAGUGCAAGUCUUAGACGCUGGGGAUUUACUGGGAACAAGUACACGUUUUUUCCGGGAAUCUGCAUCGCUGCGUGUGCAUUACGGAGGCGGCGAAGGAUUUGAGUUGUACUUGGGUGGAAUCGUGACACCUUCAACUGCCACAUCGCUGAGAGUCCCCACCUGCUUCUGCCAGACUAGACUUCAGGCUUCUCUGAAAACUGCAGGCCUAACCCACCCCUACUCAAGGCGAACCCUUCAGCAGAAUGACGGUAGCUACCGGUGAUCCGUCCGAUGAGGCGGCAGCCCACCCGGGUCACCAGCAGGAGUACGAUCCAGAGGCCGACCACGAAUGCUGCGAGAGGGUGGUCAUCAACAUCUCCGGCUUGCGCUUUGAGACGCAGCUCAAGACCCUCGCCCAGUUCCCCGAGACUCUGCUUGGGGACCCCAAAAAGAGGAUGCGCUACUUCGACCCCUUGAGGAACGAGUACUUCUUUGACCGGAACCGACCCAGCUUCGACGCCAUCCUCUACUACUACCAGUCGGGAGGGCGUCUACGGCGACCAGUCAAUGUCACUUUGGAUGUUUUCUCGGAGGAGAUUCGUUUCUAUGAGCUUGGUGAGGAGGCCAUUGAGAUAUUUAGGGAAGAUGAGGGCUUUAUUAAGGAGGAGGAAAGACCUUUGCCCGAAAAUGAGUUUCAGAGACAAGUCUGGCUGCUUUUUGAGUAUCCUGAGAGCUCAGGGCCUGCUAGGAUUAUUGCCAUCAUAUCUGUGAUGGUCAUUCUCAUCUCCAUCGUAAGCUUCUGUUUAGAGACACUGCCAAUUUUCCGAAAUGAUGAAGAGGAGAUGCGCAAGGUCUACCAUCCCUUCUCCAACACAACCUCCAGGUACCAACCCACCUACUUCACUGACCCGUUCUUUAUUCUGGAGACCCUCUGCAUCAUCUGGUUCUCCUUUGAGUUCCUGGUGCGCUUCUUUGCAUGUCCAAGCAAGGCUGGCUUUUUUGUCAAUAUCAUGAACAUUAUUGACAUUGUUGCCAUCAUCCCCUAUUUUAUCACCCUGGGCACAGAGCUGGCAGAAAAACCUGAGGAUGGCCAGCAAGGGCAACAGGCUAUGUCUCUAGCUAUCCUGAGAGUCAUCAGGCUGGUCAGGGUGUUCCGAAUCUUCAAGCUAUCCCGGCACUCCAAGGGGCUGCAGAUCCUGGGCCAGACCUUGAAAGCCAGCAUGCGUGAGCUUGGUCUGCUCAUCUUCUUCCUCUUCAUUGGAGUCAUUCUUUUCUCCAGUGCUGUCUACUUUGCCGAGGCAGAUGAGGCUGAGUCACAGUUUAUCAGCAUCCCAGACGCCUUCUGGUGGGCCGUGGUUUCCAUGACCACAGUUGGCUAUGGAGAUAUGGUCCCCACCACCAUUGGGGGCAAAAUUGUGGGAUCGCUGUGUGCCAUCGCCGGCGUGCUGACCAUCGCCCUGCCCGUGCCCGUCAUCGUCUCCAACUUCAACUACUUCUACCACCGUGAGACAGAGGGUGAGGAACAGGCCCAGUAUCUACAGGCCCCACCCAAGGCAGAUUCCACUGAGGACCUCAAGAAGAGCCGUAGUGGCUCAACCAUGAGCAAGUCAGACUACAUGGAGAUCCAGGAGGCAGUGAACAACAGUAGUGAGGACUUUCGUGAGGAGAACCUCAAGACAGGCAACUGCACACUUGCUAACACCAAUUAUGUCAACAUCACCAAGAUGCUCACGGAUGUAUAACCACCACCAGAGAGACUGGGACAGAGCUGGAGAUGGAGUGGGGGACGCAGAUAGCAAUAGAGGGAAUCUUGAACAUUGAUUUGUGUCAAUCCAAGAGAUAAGAGAAGCACCAAGAGUAAGCACAGAACUUGCAAAAUUCCUGCACCCUCUCCUUUCCACAGUCUACCCACCCAGUCCAUCCACCCCGUAUUCUCCAACUUGUCAGGUCCUUCUUAGCUCUGCUUCUUUUUAGGGUCUGGAAGGAGUUAAUCUUUGGGGUGUGUGUGUGUGUGUGUGUGUGACACUGGUUAAUAGUCAAUGUUUUGCUUGCAACAGUAGCCAAACAGUAGCUCAACAAAGAGAAGCAUAGCCUUGCGGACAGCUCCUGCCCCUGCACCCUUCCUCCAAGCUUUGCUCCUAAUAUCUCCUCCCAUGCACCCAUCUCUGUGCUCUCAAUUACACCUCCAAAGAAUACCUUCCUUUUUUUUGCCAUCCAUGGCUUCCAUGAAAAAAAUAAAUACAGACAGCCUCAUACAGUCAUGGAGAAAGGAUACAAGGAAGACUGAGGGGUGCAAUAGCAGCCAAUCCAAGGAACAUUUUAGUGCACGAUUAACGAGAGACACUUUGGUGAUAGUCGUGAGUAACUCACUUAUAGGGUCCACAAUUGCUUUUUUCUUUCAGCAGGCAGUGAUAUCCAACCUCUAUGACCAUCUGGCUAUGGUCUCCCUGCCAUGACCUCAGCUACUUGGAAAAUUGGAGUGGAUGUUUUUCUUACUGUGGGGUCUAUUCAUUUUUUUUAUUAUUAAUUUGUCUCAUUGGUCUUACUUAGUGUGCCUCCUGAUACUGCAUGAGCCUCGAAAUUUGCAACAGGAGUAAGCUAGGUUGAUUUCUCCUUCUUCCAGCAGGGACAUGUUGCAUUGCCCUGUCUCUCUUACUGAGGUAACACAACUAAGGGGAAAAGACUUCCAAGUGCUUUAAAAAAAGACUUCAAAAUCAAUGAGCUUGGAUUACUUAAUUCUCUGUUACUUUCGCCACCACUUUCUCCAUUUUGUCCCAUCCUCCACUGUCUGUAUCACAUAACCAUAUUUAUAAUUCUCCUAAGCAGAGAUUGAGGGGAUCAUAUUGACAUUUAACCGACAUCACCGAUGAAUGAAGUGAUGAGUCAGCUCACUUCGGCUCGCAUUUAUUGCAUCACUUCCCUUUGAUUUAUCAAUGCAAUUAUAUAUUUUUUAUAACUUGUGCAGUAUCCAGAUAUAUUUUUUUUGUUUCCCAGUUCAGUUAUUUCAUUCUCAAAACCAGAAAUUGUUUUUGGGCUUAUAAAUAAAGGAGCUGCUUUCCCCUGAACUGCUUUUGAAAAAGAAAAAGAAAAAAAUAGCAGAUGUUCUGAUAUUGUACUUUUGCAUGAUCAAAACACACUCCUUGUAGCAUGCAUUUCAGUAUGAAAGAAUACUGAAAGUGAAUAAUAAACGAUAAUAAGAUUAUUAGUAAUAAUUCUCUAUAUCUAGCUAAAUAUAUUUUUAUCCCGGAGAUAUCAAUGAUAUAAUUUGCAAUUAUAUAUAAUUAUAUAAUUAUAUUAUAUAUAAUUAUAUAUAUAUAUAUAGCAUUUUUUAUAAGUAUGCACACAGAUCGCUUUAUUUAUUAAUGUAUUAUUUCCUUUGUCUGUUACGCCAUUCUUAUUUUGAAUUGUUUGAUUUAAGCACCGCAGGCUAAUUUCAGGGUUUGUCCACAGGCAGUUUGGGUGCCAAAGCACAACGUAACACAGGUUUUGUACUAAAGGGGCGGGAUUAAUAGGCAGAGGUAUCACCAGGCAACAGUUUGGAGCAUGAUGUCUGAAGGUAUCUGAAAGUUCUGUCUGUGUAUAAUUUCACCCAUCAAAAUAAUGGAACAUUUUUAUGUUGAGGUAUCAGAUUUAACUGUGGCUUAAAAACACAAUUCUUGGAUUCCUCUGUUGCACGGCUCUUCAAAUCUGGCCCUCGAUUGCAAAUCCACUCCUUGUUUUCAAUUCUUCCAGGUAGAUACUUUAACAUUUAUUGCUUCUGAUUGGUCAGAGGCUUCUCACCUGGUUCGCAGGUAAAGAAAGGCCGGAAAACAAGCAGUACUUGCACAUUGAGGACCGUGAUUUGAAUAGCCCUGCUCUGUUGUAACAAUUUUUGGGCGUGUGUCAAUAAUAUCAACAAACAAAUAAAAGCACACAAAUAAUACUUUAGAAUAAUUUCUUGACAUUUAUGCCGUUAAACAUUGGUUAUCUGAUUAGUGGUGUAAUCUAAAAAAAUGUUUGAUUGAAUUUCUUUUCACCUUGCAUUAAAGUUUGUAAAUGUAUUCAUUUGGUCAGGUGCGUUAAGAUUUAAGGUACAUUGUUAAAAAAAGUGUGAUGAGCUAUAGAAAAUCGUUAGCAAAAAUUAUUUCACUUAAUGUCUGUUAAUGCAAGUACAGUUGCCAGUAUCUACCAAAACAAUUAUUCGUUUGACGUUAUCCAAAAGAAAAAAAGUGACAUUUUUUUGCAGCUUUUCCUUCGCUUGGUUUUUGUAAGUUGUUCCUAGCUGGUUUCAGGGUAGAAAUCAGCCAUUAGCUUGGGAUACUCUCAUACGCCAUACCGAAGACCUCAGGCAGAUUCAAAUUAAACAGCAAGUGCACUUUUAGUAAGUGUUACGUUUCUGUCAUAGAACAUCUGCUACCUUCCUCAGAUCGAAAUUACUUUUACCAUUCCAAAUCUUUGUCUGUCAAAAACUCAGAGCUUCUGAAAUACCUGUAAACUGAAGCUCUGGAAUUAGCCUUUGUGGGUUAUUGGGUUUGGUAGAAGUUGGGUUACAGCCGUUUGGUAAUAGAGCAGAACGUUCAGUAGUUAGCACUUGUUAAUACUUUCUUUGGCUUGGAGGUGUAGUGGUGCAGGUCAGGCGGGAUCCCUAUGGUACGUGUGUUUUCGUUUUGGGUGUGGAUUUGAAGAGAUGUUUCCCCGCCAAGCCUUCGUUGUGAAUACACAUGUUUAAAAUGAGGUCUUUAGCACUUCCUCCAGAAGGGGAGUUGAAGUAGCCCUUGGCUGCCUCUCCACAUGCCUGUGUGGCUUUGCUUAUUCGUGUUUACAGGUGUCUAAAGCACUCUCGUGUGUCUCCGCUUAGUUUAGACCUUGUGGUUAAACCUGGAGCAUGCUCUCAGUUUGCCAGCAUGGUCGGCCUAUAUGCAGAUUGUUCUGUUGCUUUGUGAAGAAUAUCUUAAUUUUUCGUAAACCAGGGAGCCCGGGCCACUAAUGUGAAAUAACAUAAGUAACUGGGAUCAGGGGAGUUUUAAUACUUCUUGCUCCAGGGUCUCAUCUCAAUAUUUUUUUAUGUGGUUGGUGCAGUGUUCUCCUUGAAUAUUUUUGGCUACGGGUGGUGGUUGGGGGGUGGGGAGGUAUUAUAAAUAUUUUUGCAUAGCAUAAAUCAGAUGAUUAUAUUGAUUAUAUUGUGAAUCCCAGGUUGACAACCCCUGUCCUAAAGAUAUGGGAGAUAGUCAUUAAUUGUCAAUUGGCAUUUGGAAUUUAAAAAAGGUUUUGAUCAUCUAGCAAGCAACUGUUUACUUACCUGUCAUAGGCUCUAGGUCCAUUUCUGUUCUUCUGAUACUCAUUCUGUGGUUUAGGGUGGAGGGCACGUUGGACGUUUACCCGUUGCCCGGUGAUUCCUUAACCCUUUGCACAUCCGAACGCACCUUUGUAAGAUGUUUUGCCCGUACAUUAUGUAUGUGUUGAACUGUAUUGUGCAAUAGAGGAAGCUCAGUCCUACAGUCGUCUGCAGUUGAGAGAUGUGCAUUAGCACAGGAUGGCCCUUGCAGCUUGUACAUAGCAAGAGAGCAUUUCAGAAUCAAAGCACAGAUAUUGCAGUGUAGGACUAUAGAGCAAAUAGCAUUGAACUCAACUUAACCACUACAUGGCUACAAAGCCAGGAGACAGACGAUUGUGUGAAAGCUUUGACAGCGUGCAACUCGUAAAAAAAGACGUUUUUUUCAACCUUUAAAGCCAUAUUCAGAUAUUGUUGCAUCCAAGAUAAUUACCAUUUAUCUAAAUCCACAUGAAUAUUGAACUUUUUCUCAGAAUGUAGAUGACUUAACGUUUUUAAUACAUAAUCUUCAGUCUCAAAGACGAGCUGCUCACUGUUGUACAUUUUAGACAUGCGGGUACAUUUGUGAAACGUGAAGGUAAUUGAAAUGUGUUACCAAUUUAUGCAUCAGAAAUGAGAGAAAUUGGCAUCAAAGGAUAAUCUGAUCUGGGCAAAUUUAAUGAAUGGCAAGGAAAUUGUAAGUGCCAGUGACAUAACCUAUUUGUUUUUAAUUUGCAGUUUGCAUGUGUGCUGCCUAUUUUUGGGGACAAAUUUCUUUUUCCCCUAAAUUGAAACAUAAACUUAGGAUGCUGCUGCGUCUAGGACUAGUUGAAGACACGGCUAGACCUUCAGCUGUGGUACACAUCUUUUUUGCUGUUGCCACCUAAAUAUGUACACCCAUGGCCAUGUGUUGAUGUUGUACUUUACCCUGUGUAGGUAUCGAGUUACAGACUAACCCGGCCAUGUCUGUGGCUGUUUACCCAAAGAUGUGCUUGUAAUUCAGGGCGGGGCACCAAGUCCGUGUCACUGAGCUGAAUCCGGUGCUAGAGAGACGAGGAAAGUGUUUUGGUGCUUUAGGAAGAAUUUUACUGGCAUCCCUCUCCCCCAUCACCCACAGUCACCUACCCAUCUUUGGGGGCUGGGGGUGGGAUCUAAGUGUUUAUGCAUGUUUUGGAACAGUCACUUGGGUAUACCCCCAUUCCCAGCAGAGAGCCAAUCAGCCAAUCAUGACACCGGGUUUGGGAGUCAGAGCGUGGUGGUGUCCAAUCGGAAAGCCCCAGCUCUCACCGCUGAAUCUGCAACGGCAAAGCGGCAGGACAGUUUGAAAGACUAUCUUGUCUGGACUCGCAGUCUUGUCUCUAUGGAUUCCUGCUCAACUGUUCAACAGCGUGGAGGAGAUUAUCAGCUGGAUGUUUGUCAAGAGAGAUGCACAGCUGCCUUGAUGCACACCGUACUGACACACAGUGCAUUCUCGGAGAACUAUUCAAAAUGGGUGUGUGUAUUUGUGUAUAUGUGCAUAACUAAUUACUAUGUGUAAGGUACAUACACACACCUCACAUAAACACACAUACACUCACACUCAUGCAUGGACACAACUCUUGGUUACGUACUUAAUGAUACACACAAGGUUUUACUGUUGUAUUCCAGAGAAUACAUUUGCUGCAAUGCCUUAAGUGGACGAACUUUGAAA